AUGCUGCAAGGGCUUCUUCUGAUGACCACUUUCCUCCUUUCUCCAGUUCCAGUAAGUGCUUUAAAAGAUCUCCCAGGGGUAAAGAUGUAUGAAGUGGUUUAUCCCCGAAGACUUCACCCACUACAUAAAAGAGAGGCAGAAAAUAUUGAAGAGCCAGAACAACAGGAAAAAUUUGAAACUGAAUUGAAGUAUAAAAUGACAGUUAAUGGAAAAAUGGUGGUGCUUUAUUUGAAAAAAAACAAGGAUCUCCUCGCACCAGGCUACAUGGAAACACAUUACAAUUCCACUGGAAAGGAGAUUACCACCAGCCCACAGAUAAUGGAUGACUGUUAUUAUCAAGGGCACAUCAUUAAUGAAAAAGUUUCCGAUGCUAGCAUCAGCACAUGUAGGGGUCUAAGAGGCUACUUCAGUCAGGGAGAUCAAAGGUACUUCAUUGAACCUUUAAGCCCCACAAAUCAGGAUGGACAAGGGCAUGCACUCUUCAAGCAUGACCCUGAAGAAAAGAAGGCUAACAGCACCUGUGGGUUGGAUGAUGUGGUAUGGGCACAUGGAUCUCGGAAGAAUGCAGUCCCACCUGCCACCAGGCUAGUUAAACUGAAUGAUCAGAAGAUUGAGAAAAAUAAGAAAUAUAUAGAAUAUUAUUUGGUCCUGGAUAAUAGUGAGUUUAAAAAGUACAAUAAAAAUCCAGAGGAAAUAAGAAAGAGAGUUUUUGAGAUGGCGAAUUAUGUCAACAUGCUUUAUAAAAAACUCAAUACUCAUGUGGCCUUAGUUGGUAUGGAAAUCUGGACAGAUGAAGAUAAGAUAAAGAUAACCCCAAAUGCAAGCUUCACCCUGGAAAAUUUUUCUAAAUGGAGGGGGAGUGUCCUCCUAAGAAGAAAGCGCCAUGAUAUUGCUCAGCUAAUCACGGCAAAAGAACUUUCUGGAACGACUGUGGGCCUUGCUUUCAUGUCUACAAUGUGCUCUCCUUAUCAUUCUGUUGGCAUUGUUCAGGAUCACAGUGAUAACCUGCUUAGAGUUGCUGGGACAAUGGCCCAUGAAAUGGGCCAUAACUUUGGAAUGUUUCAUGACUCCUAUGUUUGCAAGUGCCCUUCUCCAAUAUGUGUGAUGGACAAAGCACUGAGCUUCUAUAUACCCACAGAGUUCAGUUCCUGCAGCCGGGUCAGCUAUGACAAGUUCUUUGAAGAUAGAUUAUCAAAUUGCCUCUCUAAUGCUCCAUUGCCUACAGAUAUCAUCUCAACCCCAAUCUGUGGGAACCAUUUGGUAGAAAUGGGAGAGGACUGUGAUUGUGGAACUCCUGAGGAAUGCACCAACAUUUGCUGUGAUGCUAAAACAUGUAAAAUCAAAGCACGCUUUCAGUGUGCAUCAGGAGAAUGCUGCAAAAGAUGCCAAUUUAAAGCAGCUGGUACUGUCUGCAGACCAGCAAAAGAUGAGUGUGACCUGCCCGAAAUGUGUGAUGGUAAAUCUGGUAGUUGCCCUGAUGACAGAUUCCGAGUCAAUGGAUUCCCUUGCCAGAACGGGAAGGGCUACUGCUUGAUGGGAAUGUGUCCUACGCUACAGGAGCAGUGUACCGGGAUGUGGGGACCAGGAACCGAGGUUGCAGAUAAGUCAUGUUACAGCAGGAAUGAAGGUGGGUCAAAGUACGGGUACUGUCGCAAAGUGGAUGACACACUCAUUCCCUGUAAAGCAAAUGAUGCCAUAUGUGGGAAGUUGUUCUGUCGAGGUGGGUCAGAUAAUUUGCCCUGGAAAGGACGCAUAGUAACUUUUCUGACAUGUAAAACAUUUGAUCCUGAAGACACCACUCAAGAAAUAGGCAUGGUGGCCAAUGGAACUAAAUGUGGAAACAAGAAGGUUUGCAUUAAUGCAGAAUGUAUGGAUAUUGAGAAAGCCUACAAAUCAACCAACUGCUCAUCUAAAUGCAAAGGACAUGCUGUGUGUGACCAUGAGCUGCAGUGUCAGUGUAAAGAAGGGUGGGCCCCGCCCAACUGCGAUGACUCCACAGUGGUCUUCCACUUCUCCAUCGUGGUUGGGGUGCUGUUCCCACUGGCAGUCAUAUUGGUGGUGGUGGUUGUAGUAAUCCGGCACCAAAGCCUCAGAGGAAAGCAGAAGAAAGUUCAAAGGCCACUGUCCAGCACUGGAGCCAGACCACACAAACAGAAGAGGAAACCCCAGAUGGUAGAAGCUGUUCAGCCCCUGGAGAUGAGCCAGAUGAAGCUCCACAUGUCUGACCUGCCAGUAGAAGGCAAUGAGCCUCCAGCUUCUUUUUAUAAAGGCACAAAAGUACUUCCCUCUACUGUUUUCAAGGAUAAGCCAAUAUCUGCAUAA